AUGGCUGUAAUGAUUUCCUGCUACAAACAGCAUGUUGGUUCAAAUCUCCUGGGUGGAGGCGGAAAGCCAAGCUUGGAUACCGGAUUUAACGGUGCAGAGAUAGCAAUGGCAGCCUAUUGUUCAAGCUCUAAUCUAUUGCUAACCCCGUCACAAAGCAUGUCCAAAGUGUCGGUCAAACACAAUAAAGAUGUAAGCACCUAA